AUGAACGGGUCAUUUGAGCGUAUUGCAAAGAAUCUUCAAUACCUCAACGACACCCUUGGUGAUCUUCACUCACUUGGAAUUCAGCAUGACAUUCAACUGCCCGAGCUUGUCCUUGUCGGGGAUCAGUCUGCAGGCAAAUCAAGCCUCAUGUCAGGCCUCGCUGGCAUUAACCUGCCUCGCAGCGGCGGCGUGUGCACACGCUGCGUCACACAUAUUCGAGUUUCCCGCCACCACACCUGGCAGUGUCGCGUAUCUUUGCGGCGCAAGUAUGCCUUCUGUCCUCCCGCAGACGGCAUCAUAUCGUUGCAUAGCGUCACUCCCGAUGACCGGUUUCCUCCUUGGAAACCCGUACACGAGACCGUGCUUGACUUCAAGACCCUUGACUGCCCUGACGAGAUCGAAAAUACGCUACGAUGGGCGCAGGUGGCCAUCCUCAAUCCUAACAAGCCGCACAAGGAUUAUAUUCCCGGCUCCGGUCACGCCACCAUUGGAGAGGACGCGUUCGAAAAGGCUGCCGAACACACAGAGGCCAAAUUCUCACCCAAUGUCAUUUCACUGGAGAUUAGGCAUCCAGACUUUGCAGAUCUCUCCUUCUAUGACCUCCCCGGCGUCUUCGUCCGGCCUGGUCACCCAGACGAGAACUACUUGGUCCAGGUAGUCAAGAAUCUCGCUGAGACGUACAUCAACCAUAAGGAGGCCAUCAUUAUCUGGGCUAUCCCUAUGAAUCUUGACCCGAUGAACUCAACAAUGUCGAAAAUCAUUGAGGACUGCGAUGCACUAGACCGGACAAUUGGUGUAAUGACAAAAGCAGACCUAUUGCCUAGAGAUGAGGGCACACUCCGUCAGUGCCUUGAUGAGCAGAAUCGUUGGGAGGAUGUUUUCUUUGAUGACUCGUCCCAGUGGCCGAGUGAGUUCCGACAGUAUCGCAACCGAUGUGGCUUGAAGCAGCUUCACUUUGACCUCUCUGAUAAACUAGGGGCUGCUUUCGCAAGGAGCCUUCCAACCAUCAAAACAAAGAUUGCCAGCAAACUUAUACGCGCAAGACAUGAACUCGCCUCACUACCCGAGCUUCCAGCGAAUGUGGAGCUUGAAGUGCGAACAAGUCUGAUGAAUUUUCGUGACAGGGUGCUCUCAGGACUUAAAGGUAACCAGUUCUCAUCGAAUUACCAGUACCUGGCAGAGUCCUUUCGUAACUGUCUCAUUGCGAUGAAGCCCAAAAUCAACGUUAAGGACGAUAACGAGGUAAUCGAAAUUCCGGAUGAUGAGGACGUACAGGGCAACCCAGCAGGGCAGCCUAAGCGGAAAGCGACAGACAUGCCUCCGCCUAUGCCGUCUACGCCGUCGAAACGCCAGCGAACGGCCAACGCCUCGCCCGUAAAGCGUGAGGAACUUGGCCCGGCCUCGGCAUCGGGACCGGGCGGACGUUCUGGGUCUGCGACGCCAAGUCUGGGCGCGGCUCCCACCGAAACGCCGAGCCCAUUUGCAGAGUUUGGGCCCUAUAAAUCAAGGAAACUCCGGGAUAUCAGCGAGUCUAUCACUCGACACACGCGACCUGGUCAGCCAGGUUUGGUUGCUGGAGCCGUCUAUGAAGAGCUUUGCCAGCAAGCCGUAAGACCAUGGGAGGAACCUGUUCGCAAGUUCCUCCAACUUGUAAUGAAGCAGGUCGAAUCAGUCAUCAAGGGGCUCUUCAUCAAGCAUUUUCUCAACUACAGAAACGAUUGA